UCAUACUCCAUCAGAGGCAAUGUAGGGUGAGGUGUUUUGCCCAAGGAGAUGGCGUGCAGGCCAGCAGGAGCUGGGAUCAGACCGCCAACCGACGACAGACUCUACCUCCAGAGCCACAGUUGCCCUUUUUUUUUUUUAGAAAUAAGACAUGUGCGAUACACACAUAUUAAGCCUAUAAUUUAAGCCAUGGAGUAAAGAAACAUUGGACGUGUCAUAGAGAGAACAACAUAAGAAAUGAUCAAAUGCGUCCUAUUCGAGCAUUCCACUUUACGCCCAAAGGCACCAUUCAGAACUACGUUACCCAUGAUCCACUUCCAAGGAGCAACCGUAAACAGAAGAGAGCGGAAACCGAGAGGGUUUUUUAUUGGAAACACUAACACGUCCCCGCUUGUGGAGGUACUCGGGGAAUAAGCUCCAGCUCGUAACUUCUCCAGCCGUGACGCUAAAACGGGACAUAGACAGCGAGCCGGGCUGCGCCGAGAAGCGGACUCCGCCAGUCACCAUGGCGCUGAAAAGAAUACAGAAGUAUUUCUGAUAUGUUGAGCAGGAGCUGCAGGAUCUGCAGAGAGACCCUCCUGCACAGUGCUCUGCUGGACCAGUGGGGGAUGACUUGUUUCAUUGGCAGGCGACCAUAAUGGGUCCAGGUGAUAGUCCUUACCAAGGAGGAGUUUUUUUCCUCACAAUCCACUUCCCCACCGACUACCCAUUCAAGCCACCAAAGGUAGCAUUUACAACAAAGAUUUAUCACCCAAAUAUAAACAGCAAUGGCAGUAUUUGUUUGGAUAUUCUACGGUCACAGUGGUCUCCUGCACUUACAGUGUCUAAAGUUUUAUUGUCCAUAUGUUCAUUGCUUUGUGAUCCAAAUCCAGACGAUCCCUUAGUUCCAGACAUAGCGCAAAUUUACAAGAAUGACAAAGAAAGAUACAACAAACUAGCAAAAGAAUGGACACAAAAGUAUGCCAUGUAAAGAAAAUAUCAUCCCAGAGAAGAAGGGAAAAAAAGACAUGCUGAAUUUAUUUUUUUUUGUCCUUCCUUUUAUAAAGUCACAACACACUGUUAAUUAUAGAAUGGAAUCAUGAAGUAAUCCUCGGUAACUUCCAUCAAAUGGUAAUGUCAUUGUUAUUAAUCUGAGACCAUGUCAUACUGUAUACAUUAUUUGUUGUUGAAGGAAACAGAGGGCUUUACUUUGAGCAGGUUCAGAAAGAUUUCCUGUGAUGAUUUAGUGGAUAUUUUGACAUUUAAAGUUUGUCAUGUUUUUUGUUGUUUUUUUUGUAUCAAGGACGUUUUAUUUAUGAAACACAAUUUUAUUACAAACAGCUUUACAGCAUUCUUCAUUUUUAAGUAAAACUAGUGAAUUAUACGGCACAAAUCCCACCGUGUGUGUUGCUGUCAUGUUCAGUAGAAUAACAGGAGCUGAUUAACAGCAGCAGGAGUAAGUACUUACCAUACAACCUGCUCCAUAACUGGAAAAUCCCAGCUUCGGUCUCUGCUGCAUCCAUCAACAGCCAGCAAGUACCACAUUGACCCAUGGAAAUACUGAAGGGUGAAUACCAAAUAUUUAAGGCCCUGAUUGUAACAUAUGUCUGUAGAAGAAUACUGAAAAUAUUGUAAUGUCCCCUUUAAAAUUACAACUUUGCAUCAUGUUCAUAUAGUGGCUGAUGGAGGUUCUUGUUAAAGUCUUAUCUUGCAGAUUAAGCUGACUGAAAGAAUGUUCUGUUGCAGUUCCAGUGGAAAUGGGAGCAGUUACGUUGUUACUGUGUUCUUCAUAUGUAAUUAUUAUUAUUGUUAUUGUCAUAUAGUAUUAAAAUCCACCGAAACUAUAUAAUUGUAUUAUUAUUUUGUUUUUUUGGUCGAAUUUACACAGGUACAAAGAUCAGAUUUUUAACUCAGUCAAUCGUAUACUUAAGGGUUGAAUAUAUUCCUCUGCUUGACCUGUCUGUAUGCCAAUUGUCCUAAAAAAAUCUUGUUUCCUGUUCCUGUGUAAACAGUCUCUAACUUUUAUCUGAGGCCGGUGUGGCACCUUUUGUACUGAAAUUAAAGAAUGGUACGUUUUUUUAUAA